UUUAAUUAUAGGAUGUCAGACGAGGAAUAGCCACAAUGUGAUUAUCAAAAAUUCCUUAAUUAACUUCAAACAGUUAAAAAAAUGGAUGAUGUUGAAAUUUUAGAUUCUAGUGAUGAAUUUUAAAUGGAAAAAAAUGAGACUCAAUAUAGUUAACAAAAUAUAUACCAUUCAGAACUGGAUGAAUUUGUUAUUCCACCUAAAGAAUAAGACUCAGUUUCAAUUGAUACCAAACCAUACGAAAGCACAUAAAUAACAAAGCCAAGGAUUUAGCCCGUCUAAGUAUUUUGUUUAAAUUUCAAUUAGUUACCUCCUUUAUCAAAAAAGAUUAAUAAAGCUAUAGAAAGAAAAUUUUGUUUUAAAAAUGUGGAAAUCAAUUAGUAAUUAUUAAAAUAUGAGACUGUUUAUUAUGAAAUUGAAAGUUAUAUUGAUGAAAAUGAUAAAGCUCUUGUUACAAGAUAAUAUUCUGAUUUUGAAUGGCUUUUUGAAGAGCUUGUUGAAAACUUUCCAGGUAUUAUAAUACCAUCCAUUCCUUAAAAAAAUUUACUCGCUAAAUUUAAUAUAACUGGCUAUACUAAUUCUAUUAGAUCAUAGCGAUAAAAAGGACUUGAAGAAUUUUUAAGAAAAAUCCUUAAUCAUACUUAACUAAAGGACUGUGAAAUAAUUGAAAAGUUUAUGACAUUAUAGGAUUAAGACUUUAAAAAACUUGUCUAAAACUAUCAAGCAUAAAAAUAACAGAAAUUAUUGAUUAAUGUCAGUAAAAAUAUGGUUGUAAAUGCACUUGGAAAAAUUGGAAAUAUCUUUUUCAGUAUUUUUUAUUCAUUAAUUAUUAUCAGAUUCAUAAAGUAAUGACAACGAAAUGGAAAAGUAUUGUUAAAUUGCUGUUUAAGAAAUUAAUAUAUAGAAAGUUAAAAUUAAGAAUAUUAGGGAUUUAUUAGAGAAGACAUUUCUAAAUAAAUUUGAACAGAGCAAAUAAUUUAUGAAAUUAUCUACACUUUUUGAUGAAAUUUAGAAUGAUAUUGGAUAUAAAGAACAUAUGAAUUCAAAAUGUGAAACUAUAUCAUUAGCAUUAAGAGAUUCUUUUGCCAGUGUAAUUCCAAUUAUUUACAUGAUUGAUGUAACAAUAUAUUGAAAAUUAGGCUAGUAAUACUUAUUAGACAUGGAAGUAGUUCUAAAUAGUGUGAAAUAUCGGGCAGAUUUACAAUAAUUAAUAACAGAUCAUGCAGCAGCUUUAACAAGUGCUAAAUAUACUGUAUUAUAUAUUAUUAAAUAUAUAAGCCUGAAUAAUAAGCAUUAAUCUAAACAUAAUUAAAUGAACAUUAAAAAAACAUGAGUAAAUUUGUUGAAAACUUUAAAAAUGAAUACGAAACAUUUACGGAUCAAUAUAAUAAGCAUUUUAAUAACAUGAUGUAAACAGUUUUAUCAGUGUGGCAACAAAUCAAUACUCAAAUGUAAGAAACUUGGCUUUGAAUUUUUUUUAAUUAAAAUAAUUGAAUCAACUAAAG